AGAUUACAAAAAGAAAAUGUCAUCGUUGACAUAAAUUGUAUUUUUUUUAGCUGUAUUGGAUCACGUGAACGGCUUGCAGAAAUCUAUUUUGAUUUUGUAGGGAGUCGGUUCCAUGCUUUUGUUUGUGAUCAGCUUCUGACUUGUGCCUGUCACAAGGUGGUAGGGUAACCGUCCAGUGGAAAUCUGCAUGAGUCAAAUUCGUGUGACAUAAUCAGUCCUCACUCACAAACUAAUUUUUUAGCUGUCCACUCUCUAUGACGUGUCACAAUCUUGAUCGUCAACAUCGAAUAAAGUUGAGAAAAUGAAAUCGCUCGUCCCCAACCCCACAUCGUUAUCUUUUUGUAGACUGACCAAAUUCUCUGCUUGUUGCAACGAAUUCACACAAUUGCCAUUUUAGGAGAAAAUAUAAAUAAAAAGGACAAAAGAAGAAGAUGGCAAGUAUAAUAAGGCAACUGUAUUUGCUUUAGAACACCCCAACUCAUCUUUGAGUAAUAAAGUCGGUGUCGAUCCCAUCCAAAUUCAACGCACAAAAUGCAGCAUUAUCGUCUGAUGUUUCCACUUCCCCUGUAAAACAAUUGUAUUUUAAAAAAUAUCGAAAAAGAAAUACUUACAGGGACAUUUUAGUGGUUUUGUCAAAAUCCAGAGGCACAUUUGUUCCAUCUCCUUCGUUAGUUAUACCGCCACUCUCUCCACUCUUCAACGGGGACUCGGGGAGAGUCUUGAGAGACGCAGUCUGUCUCCAAAGAGAGAGUCUCGUAUCGGGAGAGACGGAGAAGAGCGAAAGAAAAUCAAAUGAGCCCCCCGACGCAGAAACACCGGACCUCCGUCACCGGUAAAUCCUCCAGAUCCGACAACUCCACCGCCAGAACAACUUCAAUCGCCGAUUGGAUCUCUGAAUCUAUCAACGGCGGAUCCUUAUCCCACGUGGACCUACAUACCGGAAUCAAUGGCUGGGCGUCACCGCCAGGCAACGUAUUUUCUCUCCGCUCUAUAAAUUACUUCACAAAACGGCAAAAAUCCCCCGCCGGCGACUACAUGCUCUUUCCCGCUGGCAUGGACUGGCUCAAGUCGAGUACGAAGCUCGAAAACGUACUCGCUCGCCCGGAUAACCGCGUUUCCUUAGCCCUAAAGAAGGCCCAAGCCAGAGGCAAGUCCCUGAAGAGUUUCAUUUUCGCCGUUAACCUCCAGGUUCCCGGUAAGGACCAACACAGCGCUGUUUUCUACUUCGCCACGGAGGAUCCUAUCCCCUCCGGCUCCUUACUUGAUCGAUUCAUCAACGGUGACGAUGCAUUCCGGAACCAGCGAUUUAAGAUCGUGAACCGGAUCGUGAAGGGCCCUUGGAUCGUAAAGAAGGCGGUGGGGAAUUACAGUGCGUGCCUGUUAGGUAAGGCCUUGACAUGUAAUUACCAUAGAGGAGAGAACUAUUUGGAAAUCGAUGUGGAUAUAGGAAGCUCGACGAUCGCGAGGGCGAUAUUGCAUCUCGCAUUGGGAUACGCAAUGAGCGUGACAAUCGAUAUGGGGUUCGUAGUUGAGGCACAAUCGGAGGAGGAGUUGCCUGAGAGGUUAAUCGGUGCAGUUAGGGUUUGCCAGAUGGAAAUGUCAUCGGCUCUUGUUGUUGAUUUACCCCACGCGCCGGCCAAGGUUUACAAUGACGACAAUGAAAAUUGUUAACAUAACAUUUUAUUUUAUUUUUUAAAAUAAUAAUCUAAGGCUAAGCUUUUCUUUUUUCCCGAUCCCUCUUUAGUGAUUUGUUGAUAAAAAUCUUCCAAGAGUGAUCUGGAAUGAAUAAUAAUAUGUUGCACUGCCAUA